AUGGCAGAGAUUAAGAUCCAGGAGGAGGUGAUCAAGACACUUGACGCGAAAGGCUGGAAGACGGCCCGUGACUUCUAUUAUUGGUCACUGGCAGCAGGGGCGGAGGAUGCGUUCGACGUCAUCUUAGAAGACUGGGGCGAGAGUAAUGAGUAUGAGGUCGGCAGUCUGCGAUGCCUUGGAGUGGAUGCUGCUGGUGCCUCGGCUUCCUUCGAGCUUUCGCCUUAUAAGUGCAACCUGCUCAGCGCAAUUGCGUCGGCCAUGCGCGAUGUGGAUAAAGACCUGCCAAGCAUCUUGAGUGCGGGUGCGCCCGCUGGGGUUCGGCAGACAAUUGCGGCGUCGGGCGUUUGGCCCCCGAAGACACCGCUGCGCCGUGUGCAGAUGAGUGGAUCUUGCUGUCGCUAG